GGUGAUUUUAAGUCCGUAAGCUCAGUGUGACGUAGUACUGUUUGCCUUUACUUUGGAAUUCCAGUUUUAGCAAAACUCAGUUUGUGGUAAUGACGACUACUGUCUAUUGCUUUUCUAACUAAAUUCUCCUCUAUUCGUUUCUUUUCCAGCUUUCACCUGAUUUGCUCUCCAUGUCCCACUAGUACACAAUUUUUAUCCCGGUUGAACUUAUAAGUGAUUAACAGACUGAAUAUGAAUCAGGGUUUCUAUUGUGUACUGCUAGCAGAUGUGCAGAAACGAGUUGCGCGCCGACAUCUAAACAAUUUGUUCAUCUUCACGCACACUUCUACGUACACUUUCCCAUCCUCAAAAUACCAUCCAACCUAACAAAAGCCACAAAAUGAUCUUCCGUCUACUUUUGAUGAUAUAUCUGCUGUUUAUCAUGUUGCAUAUAUCAAUAAUUUUCAUUCUAUAUUCAACUUUCUCAACACCUAUUUCUUCUGUUGAACGUGAUUGGGAUUAUUUAAUCUAUAGUUUAGCAUGGCCACCUACCUAUUGUUAUACACAUUCAUGUAAACUGCCUUACAAAAUGAAUGAUUUCAAUAUUCAUGGACUAUGGCCCAGUAAAUGGCCACGUGGUAAUCCGAAUUGUCCAACUGAUCAACCUUUUCAAGUUGAAACAAUCCAGCCUAUUUAUAAUGAAUUACAGAAACAAUGGGCAAAUUUAGAUGAUUUUGAUAAGCCAGAAGCUUUUUGGCAACAUGAAUGGAGCAAACAUGGAGUGUGUGCAAUCAGUGAUGCACCAUACAUCUCAAAUGAAUUCGAUUAUUUCAAUAUGUCACUAGUGAUCAAAUCGAAAGUGAAUUUAAUGAAACGUCUUGAAUCAGUUAAAAUCACGCCAAAUAAUAUGGUUACUUUGAAGCGAGAUAUAUUGCUUGAUCAAUUGAAAAGUUUAUUCAAUGUCGAUGUUAUAAUUUAUUGUUAUUUAAAACAUCGUACACCAGCCAAAUUAGCUGAAAUUCGUCUAUGUAUGAAUCCAUCCAUGGAAUUUAUCAAUUGUCCUGCAUUAAAUUAUACACGACUUCAACAACAUGCACAACAAUUAUCAUUAUUAUCAAGUAAUAAUAAUUAUCCGAAAUUUCUAUUUCAUAAUUAUUUAUGUAAAAAUGAAUUGUUACAAUGGUUUUUUCAAUCACCAAAUUGUUUAAAUCAUCCAACCAAUGCUAAUCCUGUAUUAUUAUUGUCAAGUAAUAAUGCACCAUGUCCAAAAGAGUUAAUAUUUCCUGAUUUUGAUUUAAUUAAUAAUUAAUUAUAAUUAAUUAAUUAAUUAAUUAAUUAUUGGCUCAGGGAAACUAUUGGUUCUUGUGUUGUUCAAAUCUAUCUAUCUCUCUAUCCAUCCACAUAUCUAUCUAUCUAACUAACUAACUAUCUAUCUGUCUAUCGAUCCACACAUCUAUCUAUCUAUCUAUCCACAUAU